AUGGGCCGUCCUCGCAAGGAGGUUAGCCAGAAAAUCUUUGAGAACUUCCAAAUGGAGCUAGAGUUGGCCGGUCAAGAUGUUGAUCUGUUGUUGAAAGAUAAAAGAGGUCGAUCGCGCGCGUGUUUGCUCUGCCGCAGGCGAAAAAGGCGAUGUGAUCAGAAACUUCCGAGCUGUACAAUGUGCUUGAAAGCCGGUGUGAAGUGUAUACAACCCGUCAACUAUUCCAGUAGGUCAGCGCCAGAUAGUCCAUCGCCAGGCCAUCGAGAAGACAGUGAAAUGCCCGAUGUUAACGACGAAAAAGACAGUGUUGGUAACGGUGGUAAAGGAGGUCAGAAAGACGAGUAUACCCGGUUCUUGGAACGCAAACUUCGGUAUUUGGAACGGUUAAUCAACCUACCGCCCGAUUCUGCGCCGUACAGGGAGAGAUGGAACAACUAUAAACACAUAUCGCAUCUGAUGGGAAACAACAAUACUAGCAGCAGCAACGCGGGUUCUGAGGCCGAAUCGAGUCCUUUUCAGUUCCCUCCCGUUGGUAAACCUGAAUCUGCUGCCUCGUCACCGAUUUUACCACCACCGACAAGAGUGAAAUUUUUCCCGCUCCAAAAUGAACCUUUUGGCUCAUCAGAGAGACCUUCGUCUCCAGCAGCGCAUAAUCGGGCUCAUUUAUCGGCACUUGCAUCGGACUCACUCGAGUCCAUCGAUUUUUCCAGUUGCAUUUUUGCCAAGUACAAUGUCAUGGAAUUCUCAUCUUACAAUCCUGCGUUCGAGUUUGACGAAAAACUGUCGCGCACGUUACUCGACAUUUUCUUCUCACGACUUCAAUUUAAGUACCCGCUGCUGGACGAACAAGAGAUUUACUCCUUUCACAGCGAUUUUAUCUCCAACAACGUUCAUUCUUAUUCAAAUCGAGAAUUUCAUUUUGCAUGUGGUCGUAUGUGGCUGAUUUUCAGUAUUGGAGCCUGCUUGCACAAGUCGACGGGUAAAUACCGUGGUCUCCCACCAGGCAGAUAUUUCUCUACUGCCAUUCGACAUAUCACCAGAUGCGGUAGCUCGCUCACGUACAUUCAACAAGUCGAAGUGUUGACGCUUUUGGUUCUUUAUAUCAUCAGAACUGACUGCGAUUCCAUUGGGCCCUACAACAUUAUAAAAGACGUUAUGACGAUAUGCAAAGAUAAACUGUUCUUGAAUCAGUGGAAAGAACAAGACAUUUUUGCCAGCAAAAAGUUAAGACUCUUUUGGUGCGUGUAUUUACUUGAGAGAAUGAUUUGCGUGGCCGUUGGCAAGCCAUACACGAUCGCAGAAUCUGAAAUUAAUCUUCCUUUGUUUGAUGAGGGUAGUUUCAAUACAAACUCUAUCCAUGACCAAACCAGGCACAAGCGUGGAGUGCAUUUCAUAAAUCAAUCAUUGCAAUUGAGAAGAAUAGAAUCUCAAUUUGUCGAAACACUCCAAAUUAUUCCUCAAACUCCUGCGAAAAAGAAAACCUCAAUGAGGAAACCAGAUGAACUCGCGGCGCAGCUUCCACAAGUGAAGGAUUUUUUUCGGCAACUCGAAAUAUGGAGAUCCAAUUGUUCAGUAUCACAUGUUCGCAAUUUCGAGAAUGAAACGCUUAAGCUAUACUAUUACCGGUCUGUCAGGUUAUUGAUUCAGCCAUAUUUGGAGUUUUUGGAACCGAAAAAUCGUCUUUUUCGCGAAUGCCAGGCUGCCGCGGGGCAAAUUUGCCAAUUGUACAAAAUAUUCCAUCAAAAGACUGCCUUUGGUCACUCGACGCCGGCCGUUCAUACUAUUUUUGUCGCUGGAACGACUUUAAUAUACUGUAUGUGGUUGGCCAGAAACUUAGACGAUGAACGCAGAAGGAAAUUAGGAGACUCUUCAAGACAUACCCGACCCCUGGUUAGUGGAUCUUUGUUUUCAACUCUGGACGAUUUAAGAGCUUGUUCGGUGUGCCUUUACGUUAUGGCCGAAAGAUCGAAAUUCGCUAUUACUUUCCGAGAUACCUUUGAUCACUUGAUGAAUGCAACUGUUGGAAACUUGAUAGAGCGUUGUGGUCCCGACUCUUCGGAAUUGAUAUAUGUACAAGGAGAUGGAGACAGUGACGUUGAUGCUGCUGGUUUUGCCAUUAAUUCGGAAGCAGUAUCAAUGGAAGAAGGGACUUUCUCAAGCAAGGAAAAGCAUGGAGGCGGAAUGCCACCGGCUAUGGAAAGAACUUAUGGUACACUACAAGCGAAUGAACAUGCUGGUUUUGUUGAGAAUUCGCAAAUGGAUCCGGAAGAACAGAAACAGCUUAAGAAAAAGAGAGAUGACGUCGAAGAAGCCGUACCUAAAAGUCUUACAAGCUUGCUUGCGGGUAACUCGGCGGCUACCGACAAAGCAAAUCAAUCGGGUGUUGUGGACAGUAAAGCUGUCACGGGGGAUAAGGACGCUGCACGUAGCGUUAAGGAGAGGUAUAUUGUACAGAAGCCCCUAAAUGCAGCAGAAUCGAAUUGGGAAACGUUUCAACAACAAGCACUUAUGCAGCAACACCAUGCGCAGCAAACUUUGCAAGCGUAUUUGGCAUCUCUUAACGGAAAAGUUUCCCCACAGACCAAUUACCGACCUGCAAAGGAUAUCAACACAAAUAAUGGAAAAUUUGACAGUCAGGCUGCUGCCAGUAACAUUACGAAAAGCGUCGACGCUAAAGCGGUGGGCCAAGGAAUUGAGACCGAGAAUUCGAAACCGGCAGGAAUCAACGCCUCAGCUGCGUCUUGCUACCCAAGGCCUCUUUCCAACGUAAACGCAAAUUCUAAAACCACACUAACUUCAACCGGAUUGGCUCCUUUGAGUGCGUUCCCGCAAAAUUUCAGCUCCGAUGGUAUCAUGUUCCAUAACGGGGCGCAUACGAUGAUCAAUAAUAUAUCUUCCUGGACGAGUGAUUCCGUUGAGAAUCUUCUGAAUGAACACAUGGGACAAAACCAACUGUCUAAAGACUUCGUUCCGAGCAAUUCGACGGGGUAUAAUGUGACGUUUGGGAAUUGGCCCACGCCACAGGAUCGAAGUAGCAAAAUGGACUCAAAUACCAUCGCGUCGGUACCGUCGGGAGGCGUGGAAACAAACAAAGUGAAUCCCGCGGUACCGAAUCAUGCUUGGGGUCACGUUGAUGGAAUUCAGGUGGAUCAUGUGCUUGGAUCUCCUGUAGAGGAGUUUUGGACGGUAAAUGAUGAUUAUGGGUUUUUGGCAUAA